AUGACAAAAUAUUGCACAAGUUAUCGAUUAAUUAAUGAUAAUAGAUUAGAUGAUGUUACAUUAUUUCCAACUACACAAGAUCAUAUAAUUUCUGAUCCGAUAGUAAAAUAUGAUGAAAAUUUACAGUCGAAUUUCGAUUAUAUGAAUGAUAAUGUAGUUAAAUUAUAUGGUUUAUCUACGGCACUAGGAUUAGAGAGAAUGUCAAAAUUAGAUAAUAAUAAUGAAGAAUCAUCAUCAUUAAUACAUGUACGUCAACGAAGUGUAUUAUGGCCAAGAAUAUGUUUUUUUACGGCAGUAGAAAAUGACGGCCUAUAUUUAAAAAAAUGUUUUUUCUAUGAACCUGGAAAAUAA